AAGAUGGGAAAGAAUUUAAGCAUUGCAACAAUUUCCUUGCUAUUGGUGUUGGCAUCCACCAAAGCCCAGCAGGUCUUUGAUGUUAAAUCAUAUGGAGCACAACCUAAUGCUGAUAUAACUCAGGCUUUGACAAAAGCUUGGAAAGCUGCGUGCGCAGUAGCAGGAAGUAAAGUUGUGAUUUCAGCAGGGGUAUACAAACUAGGUUUAGUGACUUUGUUGGGUCCAUGCAAAGGUGCAAUUGAGUUUAACCUUCAGGGAACCCUACAGGCCCCAUCAGAUGUUGCCUCCUUCAACGGUAAAGAUGGUUGGGUUGCUUUUGAACGUAUCGACAGUCUCACUGUGUCAGGUGGUGGAGUUUUUGAUGGCAAAGGACAACAAGCAUGGCAAAAAAAUGAGUGUGACAAAGACAAAAACUGCAGCGUACUUCCUAUAAAUAUAAGGUUCGACUACAUCACAAAUUCAAAAGUCCAAGACAUUACAUCGAAGGACAGCAAAUAUUUCCACAUCAACCUUUUGGAAUGCAAGAAGUUGCAAUUCCAACAUGUUACCAUAACUGCACCUGCAGAUAGCCCCAACACCGAUGGAAUCCACGUGGGACGUUCAUCUCAGAUCACCAUUACCAAUGCCAAUAUUGGAACAGGUGAUGAUUGCAUCUCCUUUGGUGAUGGAACCCAAGAUAUUACUGUUAACCAAGUAACUUGUGGACCUGGCCAUGGUAUCAGCGUUGGAAGUCUUGGAAGAUACCAGGACGAAGAACCUGUUUCAGGAAUCAGAGUUACUGGUGCCACACUUAGCAAUACAGAUAAUGGUGUUAGAAUAAAAACAUGGCCUGCUUCCUCUUUUGGAGUUGCUUGUGAUAUACAUUUCGAGGAUGUUGUCAUGAACAAUGUUGCCAAUCCUAUCAUCAUUGAUCAAAACUACUGCCCAAACAGUCAAUGCACAAACCAGUCUCCCUCUAAAGUUAAGAUCAGCAAUGUUAGCUUCAAGAAAAUUAGAGGCACUUCUUCGACAAAGGAAGCUGUGAAUCUUAUUUGCAGUAAAAGUGUACCAUGCCAACAAGUAGUGCUUUCUGACAUUGAUCUCGUGUACAAGGGAGGUGGAGGAUCUGCUACUUCCACUUGUACUAACGUCCAGCCUGCAAUUUCGGGCAAGCUGAACCCUCCUACUUGUACCAAUAAACAUUAA